UAUGCGGGGAUCAUUGGAUAUUGUACAGGCUGGUUGACCACUGCCGGAUGGUUCUUCAUCUGUACUUCCGCCAUCCUGUAUCCUGCACAGAUCAUCAUGGCUUCGAUCGAAGCUACCCACCCCAAUCGGCACCGUCUUCCUGAUCCUUAAUCUCCCGCGCAUCUUCAAAGUGAUGCCUCCUUUACUGAUGGGAGUCGUUAUCCUCAUCAAUGUAACCGCCCUGUUCCUGUUCGUCAGCCUUCUGGUACGUGCUUCUCCGAAGCAGGAUCCGCACUCCGUCUUUAUCGAGUUUGUCAACGCGUCUGGCUUGCCGGACGAAGCCACCUUUUUCAUUGCGCUGCUACCGGCCUUUUCCUGCCUGGGUGGCUUCGACAACGCAACUCACUUGACGGACGAACUAGAAAACCCCACCAAGCAAGUCCCCCAAGUAAUCCUCGGAUCAUUCCUCAUGAGCUUCUUCACCACUAUCCCGAUGAUCCUGGUCUACGAGUUCUGCAAUGUCGACCCGGAGAGUUUACUUGCACCAAUCGGCGAACAGCCGUAUCUCCAGCUCCUGCUGAAUGCAUACCGCUCGGAAGCCUUGGCGAUUGUCGGAACGGUCCUCAUCAUCGUCUGUAUCGGUGUCGCAGGCUGCUCCUGCCUCAUCAGCGCCUCGCGCCUCGCGCCUCGCGCCUCUACUGGUCUUUUAGCCGCGAGAAGGCUCUACCUCUACACGGCAUCAUGUCAAAGCUCUCAUCCAAGGACAGUCUCCCCGUACACGCCCUGCUGUGGAUCAGCUUCCUCUCGCUCUGCUUGGGAGCUAUCAGCAUUGGCUCGUUGACAGCUAUGAACGCUCUCCUGGGCGCGGCAAUUGUCUGUAUCCUUUCUUCGCUCAUUACUACUUUCGCUUUGGCACUGUACCAGGGGAGGAAGACUUUUAAUCCUGAUAGGUGGUUCAAGUUGGGUGGGUGGUGGGGAGACGCCAUUUUCGGCGUGGCGCUGCUGUGGUCGCUUUUUAUGGGUGUCAUGCUUACGUUCCCGCUCUACCUGCCUGUUACGGCUAUCUAUAUGAAUUGGACUUCUGUUGUGUUUGCGGGUAUUAUAGUCAUAUCUGCUAUCUACUGGGUUUUGGUCUUUAGGCAUGAAUCUUUGAACCAUGACCAUAGCGAACAUGGAGCAGAAGAUAUGGUGCGACAUGAAUGAGGCGUAGGGAAGGAUGUGUCUGUCGUUUAUAUGUAUUCCAUGGUGUUGUUAGUGGUAUGCCAUCUAGGUAAUUGAGUCAGGUAGGCGCCGGUGUCUUACGACCUGAGAUGGGGUUAUCUGUUGACAUACCUUUGGGCCUUGCAGGAGGAGGAGGAGGAGAUGUUCCCACUCUUUUGUAUGAUUGAAUCUAAUCAACCUGAAUCCAGUUAUCGCGAUUCUGUUUGUAAAAUUGUAAUCAGAACCAC